UUGUAACCUAUCACUGCUCAUCUUUAAUAUUUUGGACUCAAAACGGGCCCUGCAAAAAAGUUCCAAAAACUCUCUACCUGGAAUGAAGGACGUGCGUAUUCGGGCAACGUAGAUAAAUUAGCUUCUCCAAUUUAUUUCUCUUAACUUUCCCUAACCUUUCUUGUCUUGUCUUGUUGUCUCCAUCUCCACUCACUCUAGGCGAGACCAGCUUUUCCUGAGCGCAUCGCGAAUAAUGAUCACAUAAUCUCCAUGUCCUCUACCUUUUAUUUUCAAGAAAUUCAUUUAUUAUUGUAAGUUGAAAUCGUAGAAACACAAAAGUUGCAGAAAUGGCUGACGUGAACGAAGGGCAGGAAGGGAAACUCAGCCGCCGGUGCGAUUUCUGCUGCUCAGCCUUGGCGGUGCUGUACUGCAGACCCGAUUCGGCCAACCUUUGCCUCGGCUGCGACCGGGAGGUCCACUCCACCAACCCGCUCUUCACGAAACAUACCCGGUCCUUGCUUUGCGACGCGUGCGAUUCCUCCCCGGCCACCAUCUUCUGCUGCACCCACUCCUCCGUCUUCUGCCAGAACUGCGACUGGGAAUCUCACUCCCUCAGCCUCUCCCCCGCCCACGUCCGCCGCCCCCUCGAAGGUUUCACUGGCUGUCCUUCCGUCACAGAACUGCUUGCAGUUUUCGGGUUCCCAGAUGUUGGGAAAAAGGCCCUUCUUAUUCACGAUGAUGAUGGGGAUGGCUAUGGUUGUGCCGGAGAUGACGGAAGUGGAGACGAUGGGAUUUUGGAUUAUCUUGUUUGGGACACUCCAGCUGUUGUCAAUCUUGACGAUUUGAUAGUAGCUCCCAAGAAUUCUAACCCUAAUUUUCAGGCCAUGGGUGUUCCUCCUCUUCCCAAGAACAGGAAUGCUGCUUGUGGACAACACAAAGAAGAAAUACUUUCUCAGCUUCGCAAAAUGUCUAAUCUGGAACCUGAUCUCUUUGCUGACCAAGAGGAACCUGAGCCUGGUGGAGGCUGUCAGAGUAUGGAAAAUGAACUACACCGUCUGUUUGGAGAGACUGAUUCCAGAUUUGAACAGAACAUGGACGCUGCAUUAAUCCCUUACUCAGAAGUAAAGUCAAGUGGCUUUAAUUGGUGUGAUGACGUUGACGAUUUUGCCCCAUUACAUGGAUUCAAUGAGAACAACUCGUCACUUCCCGAUAAAGAUUCAGGUGUAGCAAAUGAUCAUAAUGAAGGGGAAUCAAACCAUUCUAGCUAUAUUGAAACCUUUCCUAAAUUUGUUCCUCGGGAGGUAAACAUCCGGGAUAGGGAGAGCGCAAUUUCUCGGUACAAGGAAAAGAAGAAGACAAGGAAAUAUGAGAAGCAGAUAAGGUACGAGUCAAGAAAAGCUCGAGCGGAGAGUAGGAUAAGAAUUAAAGGGCGUUUUGCCAAGAUGGGAUCUAGAGAUACUGGUGGUACACAACAAUGAUUGAUCUGUUCAAAGGGACUCUUAUCGGUCAAAGAAUUUAACCGCAAGUAGAGCAAAGGAGAUGGGCUAUACAUAUAGCUCACUGAGAAUGUGAAUGCAAGCUAGAAGUACUCUAGCUGUGUAUAUAUGUGUGACAUAACCUGGUGGUAAAACCAGAAAAUGAAUGUGUAUGUAGCAUUCAUUUUAUUUAUGCAACAUUUUAGUGGGGUGGGGGAGGGGGUGUGUGCUUAUGUGCAUGUAUGCUGUUUAUUGUAGCUUACAGGUAGAUUGCAAAUGAGUUUUGUUGUACAAAGUAUGCCAUUAUUGUCGAUGGUGUUAAGUUUAUGCCACCAGGGUUACUAUCUGUGGUUUGGUCUUUGCUAAGAAAAAAUUUGUAUGGUUAAGAUUUAUUUAGAAAGCGGAGAGGUUAACAACUUCUAAUGAAGGAAAUCAAGUUAUUUUGAGCUUAUAAAGACGGAGUCUUACUUUUGAAACUUAAAUAUAAAUAAAUAAAAAGAGUGUAUGAGUA